AUGUCCAUCAAUUUGAUGCGGCCCGCUCAAUGUUUGAUCUGCGCUAAGGCCUUGGCGGUGGGGCCAGAAGAGAGUGACAAAGAGUGUGUCUGUCAAGCCGAUUUCGAGAACGACUGGUUCGGCGCUAGCAAAAUCAGUGUUACCUUGGCCUACAAGACUCCAAAAAGUGAUGGAACCCGCAUAUAUUUACCUGAAAUAGAGGUAUAA